AUGUCAGCACCAACUCAGAUUCAGAUGGAAAUGUUAGUUAAUAGUUUGAAAAUACAUUUAGGCAUACAUAUUCCAGAAGAACUAGGACCAAGUGCGACUCCAAAUCAAUUACGACGACAACUAUACUAUACUAAAGAUGUCAUUCAAAAAAUUGAAGAAAAACUUAAAAAAUUGAAUGAUGUUUAUGAAGUAGGUAAUGAGUAUAUUGCUAAAUUGAAUAAAGAGGGACGAGAACAAAGAGAAGUACAAUUACAUACGAUAUAUAAAAACUUAGAAAUUGGGGUCUUAACGGAAGCAGCAGAAAAUAAACUUAGACUUUGGAUAGAUAAAAGACUUAGCUUAGCUCAAAGACUUGAUUUACCAGAUUUAGAUUCAACAAGUGAGGUUUCGGAAACGAGUCAAGUACACCCAAUAAGAACCGAACAAAGAAAAUUGUUACGCCCACCAAUACAAUUACGUAGGUUUGACGGUACAAUGGAAAAUUGGUGUGGUUUUUGGGAAACUUUUAGAGUAUUGAUACAUGAAGAUGUCACAUUAAGUCAUAUUGAAAAAUUUAAUAUAUUAGAAUCAGUCCUAGAUGAUGAAGCAAAAGACCUGUUAGGGGGUCUACAAAUGACAAGAGAAGGAUAUGAAACCGCCAUAGAUUUACUUUUGAAAAAAUUUGGGAAUGAUAAAAAAUGAAUUAGAGCUUUAAAUCAUGAAUUGUUAAAUCUUCCACAAAGUUAUAAUUUUAAUGAUGAUGAGAAAUUAUAUUUAAAAAUUGAAAAACUGUGUCGACAAUUAGAAUCUUUAAAACAGAACAUUGAUGAAGCUCCUUACUCAGAAGUUUUAGAUAAGUACUUCACAAUAAAGGACGUAGAAGAUAAUGAAAAUUGGAACACAUUAAAGUUUAGGGACGCGUUGGGGCGAGCACUGACACAAAUAAGAAAUAAAGUAGAAGUAAGACUGGUACCAAGUAAUAAUCUUAGAGAUAUAAACAAUGAACCAACAAUGAAUUUUUCUAUAAGUUAUGAUAAUAAAAACAAAAAAUAUUCACCAGAAAGGCAAAGAGGAAGAGAAGAAAAUAGGACUAGAGGAAGACAAUUCUCAGGUAGACAAAAUAAACUUUCAGAUUCUUCG